CUUGCACUUCGGCAAAAUGUUCGAGGAAAUAUCGCACCGACAAUAAUUAUGGUCUUUCUAGUACUUCUUUUGCUUUAUUAUUUGGAAACACGUAAACCAAAAGGAUAUCCACCUGGUCCCAAGUGGCUGCCGGUACUUGGUUGCGCCCUGGAAAUAGCGAGGUUACGGAAGGAAACGGGCUACUUUUCGGAGGCUUGCAACAUCCUCGGCAAGAAAUACGGCUCGAUCAUUGGGCUGAAGAUUGGCAAUGAUCGUGUCGUCAUCCUUAAUGACUUCGAGAGCAUGAAGGCAAUGAUUAUGAACGAGCAUUGUGAUGGUAGACCAAUUGGGCCAGUGUAUGAUUGCAGAACUUUUGGAAAGAGACAAGGUCUCCUAGUGGUGGACGGCCAGCUCUGGGUCGAGCAGCGGCGGUUCAUCCUGCGACACCUGCGCGACCUGGGCUUCGGGCGCACGGACAUGGCCGUGCAAAUCGAGUUCGAGGCUGCGCAGUUCGUCAAGUACUAUGAGCGACUGCUCAACGGCGAGGGCGUCGAGGAUGUGCGCCCGGAGGCCAACAGCAACGUGGUGCGCUGCGUCAAGAUCAGCCGGGAGGACAUUAAUGCGAAUGUCGGGACGAGGAGCACCGAGAGGUUGGGCGUCGUUAUCGAGAUGGAGGACUUCUUCGGAGUGCCGGUGCUUAAUACGCUUUGGUGUAUGAUGGCGGGGAAGAGGUACAACAUCAAUGACAAAGAUCUUAUUUAUCUGCAAAAAAUCUUCACGAAGCUCCUUCGCGGUGUGGAUAUGAUCGGAUGGCUAUUUAAUCACUUCUUUUUAAAGUAUGUCGCACCCGAAAUGUCCGGAUAUAAAAAAUUCAUGGAAACGCAUCGUCAGCUCUGGAAAUUUUUAAAAGACGAGUUGGACAAUCAUAAAAAAACGUUCGAUCCCAAUUCUCCGAAAGAUCUUAUGGAUAUUUAUCUGCAAACAUUGCAAUCGAAAAUCCCCGAUGAUACUUUUUCAGAGGGACAAUUGCUGGCAAUCUGCGUAGACCUAUUCAUGGCCGGUUCCGAGACAUCCUCGAAAGCUCUGUGCUUCGGCUUUCUCUUUCUCGUGCUGAAUCCGGAAGUGCAGAAGAAGGCCCAGCAGGAAAUCGACUCGAUUAUUGGCCGUGAGAGAUUGCCGUCCUUGAAAGAUCGGCCUAGAUUGACCUACAUUAACGCCGUAGUUCUUGAAUCAAUAAGAAUGUUUAUGGGACGAACUAUGAAUAUUCCACAUCGCGCCCUCAAAAAUACUCGCAUUUUGGGAUACAAAAUACCCAAGGACAGUAUGUUAGUUGUGAAUUUCAAUAGGAUCCUAAUGGGUGAGUUCUGGGGCGAUCCCGAGGAGUUUCGACCUGAAAGGUUCAUCGACGAAUCCGGAAAAAUAGUCAUGUCCGAGCAGUACCUUCCCUUUAGUUUUGGUAAACAUCGUUGCUUGGGCGAGGUGUUGGCCAAAAGCAAUAUGUUCAUGAUAAUGGCCGCUUUGCUGCAGAAUUUCACAUUCGCACCCGUCCCGGGCGAGGAGCCGCCACGCAACGAGUACACCGACGGCGUCACCGCCAGCCCCAAACCUUUCCGGGUCCUCAUGACUAAGAGAACGUAGUGUAUACUAUUGCCUUUUGCUCCGACAUAUGAAUCAUAAUACAUAAUUCUCUCAUACAUGUACAUGCAUGUAUAGACAGACACAUUUUUCAUUCUUUUGAAA